AAAUAACAUUUGAUAAGGUAAUUGAUGAACUUUUGAAUAUGUUGUUCACUUGAUGAUUAUCAAUAAUUAAAUUAGUUAUUAUUUAUAUGGUAUUAUCAAUAUAAUAAUAAUUAUAAUAAUAAUAAUAAUAUCAAUGUACAUAUUAUUUUCAAUGAAUUUCCUUUUUAUUGCGGAUGAUGCUCAUGUGAGCUUUAGCUUUUGUGUGGGUGUUGGAAAGUGCUUGAGAGAUUUGAUGAGAUGAUCAAACGUCUAUAGUUACAUCUGGUAACACCUAAUAUUAUUGCUGACGCUGUAUUCCAUUGUAAUGCUCGAACAUAGUACUUUUAGUCAGUCUACUGCCAAACUUCACCGAGAGCACUUCUCUCUUUUUCGAUGUAUAUUUUAUAAUUAUGUGUUUGAAAAUAAAGUUUUCUUUUUAAAAAGAUGUUUGGUUACCCCAGAACUAUAACUGGCACCCGAACUACCUUCCUUACGUUUUUUCGAGGUUGUUCAUUUAACAACAAGUUUUUUUCGAUUCGCGAUCUUUAAUUUCAACUUCGUGAAAAAUCCGGAAAACCAGUGAGUGAGGUGAACUUUUCAAGACAAGUUCUCUGCAUACCACACCUGCAACCUUCGAAGUUCAACCUGGCAGACAACGAAGACUCCUUCCACAAAUUUGAGACGGAAGUAAAACUACCAUCAACUGAAUGCUAAUGAUUACGAUGACAUGAAGGACAAAUGUAUAGAGUAUUUGAAACCGAAUACAAAGUAUGGAGUUUUCUGCUCGCGUGCCGGAGCCCUAUACGAUGAGUAUGAACCGAUUUUUAACAAUUUCAAGAACGUACUGCUAGAGACUUUUGAUUCGAUCAAACUUAAACGGUAUAAAAGAAUGAACUUAGAUGUGACACAAAUUGAUGAACAAAAACAGGUAAUCUCUAAUUAUCAUGAGGGUAAAACAUUCCACCGCGGUAUCAAUGAAUCUUAUAAUCAAAUACGACGUAAAUAUUACUGGCCAUCAAUGCUACAGGACGUGACUGGUUACAUUAAUAAAUGCGCUGUUUGCUUAAAGGUUAAAUAUGACAGGAGACCCGUUCGAGUUGACUAUAAAAUCACACCCACUCCUGAAACACCGUUCGAAAAAAUACAGAUUGAUUGCUUCCAAUAUGACAAAAUAAAGUUUUUAACGAUGACUGACUGUUUUUCCAAACGGCUAACGGUCCAUCCAAUAAAAAGUUUGAACCAAGUCGAUAUCCAAGAAUGCUUAGACGACUAUUUCUCUGCUUUCCCCAUACCCAAAAUUGUACAAAUGGACAACGGACGUGAAUUUGACAAUGCAAGCCUACGUGAUUUCCUGAGACUUUAUGGCAUUGAACCAUAUUACGUUACUCCCGGACACCCAGACUCGCAAGGUUUGGUAGAAAGGACUCAUUCUACACUUAUUGAAAUUCUGAAUGCCAUUCAACUUGAAAAUAAAACCAACACUACUGAAACUAAUAUGAAAUUAGCGGUAAUUGCCUUCAAUAAUACUCUAAACUCUACCUUGAAAAUGUCUCCUAUGGAAAUAACAUAGGGAAUAUCGAAUAACCCUUUUGUAAACGGAAUAACAGAAAGAUUAGUAACUGAACAACUGUCCCAACAGUAUCUUGAACAAGUCAACCUAGUGCAUAAAAUGAUUAAGAAUAAAAUUGAAGAAGAAAAACAAAAACGUACUGAGAAAUUGAAUGUUAAUCGUGAGAAGAAUGUUGAAAUUGAAAACGAGCCACACAUAAAAUCGACAUUUAAUAAGAAAACAAAACCGAAAUUCAUCAAAGUAAAUUACGAUACAACACAGCAAUUAGCAAGGAAUCCUAAAGCUAUCCAAAAACGCCCUUUUAAAUUGCACCCUAACAGAAUGAAACGGCCUAAAAAACCGGUGAAGGGUAAGAAAAAGGAUUUAUUUGUUACAGGACUUGAUGGUACUGCCCCUAAUUCUCCUGUUGCUGGCCCCAGCAACGUCUUAUAAGAUGGUAGAUUUGAGCAGAACAUCUGGUAUUGCUCCAAUCAAGAUACAGAAUUCUCAUAUAAUUAAUGAAACUUUUACCUAUGUUCAUAAUAUCAAUACUAGAUUUACGUUUAGAAUUAAGUAAUAUUGAAACAUUUGUUGAUUUUCUCGCUAAAAGGAAUAAUAUUGAUAAGAGUCGCUUAAGUAUGAUGAAAUUGAAUUUGAAAUACACUAAGAAUAAAUUAAAUGAGAUUCAAUCAGUUGAUUAUAGGCAGAAAAGAGGUCUUUUUAAUGGUUUAGGAUCCGCGAUUUCGUGGAUCACUGGGAACAUGGAUGCUGAUGAUAAGGAAAGAUAUGACAAAAUUUUGCAGACAGUCCAAUCUAAUGAAUAUCAUCUUAGUAACAAUGUAGACAAGCAAUUUGCUGUAAAUCAGAAAUUAAUUAACGAAUUCAAUAAUGAGAUGAAAGUAAUCAGAGCGAAUAAUCUAAAAAUCAGCAAUCACUUUAAUUCUUUGUUCAAUGAAUCCAACCGAAUGGAAAUGAAUCAGCAAUUCUCUUUGUUAUUCGACUCGCUCCUGCUUCUGAAUAAUAAAAUAUCUGACAUUGUAACUAGUCUCGAAUUUUGUAAAUUGAAAAUACUCCAUUCUUCUAUUAUUUCUCAUGAUGAUCUUUUUCUCCUACAAAAAAACUCAAAUGUCAGCUUUAUUUCAAAUAAAAUUAGUGUGUUAUGGAAACUAAGCAAAGUACAUUUUGGAUUAUUUAAAGACCAUAUUUCAUAUUUUGUGGAAGUACCGCUAUUAUCAACUGUUUAUGAAACGUUUUUUCUAUUGUCUUAUCCUGUCAUUGUUGGUAACGAAAUUUUAACAACUAUUGCGCAUCCUUCUUUUGUUCUUCGAAACGACAAAUUAUUUUCUGGAAAUUGUGAACUCAUUUAUGAUGAUUAUUAUUGUAGUACAGUAAGCAAACUUAAUGAUAUAUGUAUUGAGCAAUUAUUAAAUGAUAGGAAUCUAGACGGAUGUAGUUUUGAAAGACGGAGAUUCUUUCAUAACAUAUGUAGAAAUAGUUGAUAGUUUUAUAUUAUUUAAUUUUAGUACAUGUAUGGUUCUGAAUACUGAUGUGAACAAGAAUAUUACUCUUUUUCUUAAUAAGAAAACGCAAUUGUUGAAAAUUAAUAGCUCAGAAACACUGAUUGGUUACUACAAACCAAAUAUAUUUUGGGAAAACGAAAUUGUACUUCCAACUGAAUUUGUAGUAAAAAAACGACUAUCCAACUUCAACUUUGAUCAAGUACAUACUGCUAAUAUAAAUUUUCAAAAACUUGAUGUUCUAGAUGAGUUACCUCUGACCGAUAAUCGAAACCUAUGUAUUAUUCUAUUGCUUAUUUUUACUGUAAUUUUAUUGAUUGUUAUAAUAUUUCUCAAACGGCUGUUUAUCUGGCACAAACUUUGUAACCUAAUGUGUUGUGAAUCUGAAGUUGAAAAUGAUACUGUACAGCGUGAACCAGAACAAAAUGCCCCAGACUACAAUGUACUUAGUUUAUAAUACUUAAAUAUAAUAUAUGUUUUUUAUUUCUUUGAAGCUGAGGGCAGCUUCACUCUUAGGGGGGAGGAGUUACAUCUGGUAACACCUAAUAUUAUUGCUGACGCUGUAUUCCAUUGUAAUGCUCGAUCAUAGUACUUUUAGUCAGUUUACUGCCAAACUUCACCGAGAGCACUUAACUCUUUUUCGAUGUAUAUUUUAUAAUUAUGUGUUUGAAAAUAAAGUUUUCUUUUUAAAAAGAUGUUUGGUUACCCCAGAACUAUAACUUAUGACUACCGACGGGAUGCGAGACCACGACCAGGUAGCGCUAGCAGACUGAAGGUUGCAACGCCUACAGCUAACCUGGCCGGUGAAGUGACUUGCACAAGUGACUUUG